UGUUCUUUUGAGAAAAAAAUUGUUGUCAACUUUUGUAUAUUGAGUUUUUGUAAGUGACUUAUAUUUGGUAGUUAAUAAAAGUAUAAAACAUAGGAAGCAGCAAAAUCAUUAUCAAAAUUAAGUACAUAAUGGAUUAUGUUGAGUUUAAUGCAGUGCCAUGUUGGGGGGUCAGAUAUGUUUGUCACAUGCAUUCAGCAAUUUCAAGACUUUAACUUAGUAAUAUAAUGUUGAUGGAAAACAACCAACUUUGCUACCUUCAAGAGAAUCAAUUUCAUAUAGCAACAAAAGUUUUGGGUCAGAAAAAAAAAAUAUAGCAACAUUUGGUUUGAAGUUACAAUAAUUUGCUUUGAGGCUUAAGUUGUGAAAUGAGAUUUUUCUUCACAUUGAUGAGUUCUUGCAAGUCAAUGAUUAUGAUGAAGGCAAAUAAGCAGCAUUUCUAUUCCAAGAUGUGUUUCAAUUUAAGCACUUUUCUACCUAUCAUGCUGUUUUUUGUCCUCUUGUCAUUUUUCUUUUCAAAUUCUAAAUCCUUCACUUUCCUUCUUGCAAUAUCUAUUGUUGUUCUGUUUUUUGUGUUUCUUGUCACUUUGAAGAAGAAAAAAGGGUCUAAAAAUGAAAGUCUAGUUCAAAAUAAGUUGCAUGAAGAGGAGCUAUUUGAUGCUAGUGAGAGUGAUUUUGAUCAACAAAGUGAAACUGCUGAGAAUCAUGAGGAGCAAGAUGAAGCACAGUUAGAUUAUUCAUUUCCAUUGGAUAGUAAAAGUAGAAACUUCUAUGUCAUGGAUGAAACUUUUGAGUUCAAUGUUCAUAAGCAUAUGCAACAAGAUGUUUUGAUAUCAGAUUCUUCACUUUCAUUAGAUAGUGAAAAAUGUUGUGGCUUAAUCAUGGAUGAAACUUUUGAGAUUGAUCACAAUAGAUAUCAAAAUGUGAGGAAUCAUGAUAGGUUAGUUUCUCAGAGUGAUUUGCAGUAUUCCUCAACACAAGAUCUAACAACUUCUGAUGAUGACGACGGCGAUGAUUAUGAUUACGAUGAUGAUGAGGAGGAGGAUGAUGAUGAUAGCCUUAUUGAAAUUCAUCUUCCAAGCAGGAACUUGUCUAACUUAGAUGAAGAAUCUAAGCAAAACUUGGAAUCCAAGUUUCUAGAAGAAUCUAUUUUGAAGCAGCAAAGUCUCAUACAGAUUUUAGAAGAAAUUAAUGAUAUGAAUGAGGAUGAAAACUUAAUUGAAAUUGAUAUUUCCAUGAGAUCCUCCAAGUCCAAUGGUCAAGAUUUCAAAUGAAGAAAUCAAUAUGUUCUUAAGGAUUGAUCCUUAUUUUUACAAGUUUUAUGUUUAGGAAGCUAAUUAUAUUGAGAAGUUAGCAUCUUUAGGCCCUAUUUUGUUAUCUUGAAGUUGAGGAAGAUUUUGUGCUUGGUUAUUAUGUUAACAUUUUGGUUAAAAGGCCUUGGCUAUAGUGACAUGAUUAUGUGUUCCUUGCUUAGCAUUUUUAUGUAUUUUCACAUCCAAAUUAAACUAUGAGGUGCUUUUGUGAAA